CUAGAUUCAAAGGAUAUUCUUCUUCUGUUACUUAGAUAAGAUACUUUUUCCCUUCAUUUUGGAGUUGAAGAAAUCCAAGCAAGAAGAUAGCUUCAAAUUCAAUUGAGCUCAUAAAUCAUAUCAUAAUCUUCAGAUAGAUAAGAAUAAGAUACUUUUUCCCUUUAUAUUGGAGUUGAAGCAAAUCAAUCAAACAAAGAAGAUAGCAUGAAUUGAGCUUAUAAUCUCCAGAUAAAAUGAAUGCCCUCCGGUCAUUUUGGAACAGUCCAAUUGGUCCCAAAACAACUCAUUUCUGGGGUCCUACCUUUAACUGGAGCCUUCCUAUUGCGGCAGCAAUAGACACACAGAAACCACCGGAAGCAAUAUCUGGCAAUAUGACUACAGUUAUGUGUCUUUAUUCGGGAAUAUUCAUGAGGUUUGCUUGGGUGGUGAAACCGCGAAACAUACAUCUUAUGAUAUGUCAUAUGUCUAAUGAGACAGUACAACUAUAUCAGCUCUCAAGGUGGAUAAGAGCUCAACGUGGAACUGAGCUGAAGAAAGAGGAAGCAGAUGAAUAAAUCCUUUAUAUGAGUAAUUAAUUUGUUUCAAGUUGAGACAAAAUAUUUCUUAUGUGACUUGUCAUUCACCAUUUACUCUUUUAAUUUAACAUGCUUUGUAGUUUAUAUUGGUCACAAAAUAAAUGAUAUUAUAGUUAAACAUUUGUUUAUGAAA